UCCGUUUCCGUCAAGGAAAAGUUCGGUUGCCUUCAUCGGAGCCAAGAGAAAAGUAAUAAAGCAGCAGCUGCAGUUUAUUCAAUUCUUUAUUUAUUUCAAGGAACAAAAAAACUCAACUCAGACAAACAAAUAAAUAAAUCAAACAAGAAGAAGAAGAAGAUGGGAGCUGAAGCCGAGAUUAUAGUCCAAAAGAGCCUCCCUCCCUUGGAUGUCCCCUCUUCUGGCCUGGAUGCUAAACCCCAGGGCUCUGCUGUUUUGCAAUUUGUACCCAGCAUCCGGUCUGGUAGUUUUGCUGAUAUUGGGCCACGCAGAUACAUGGAAGAUGAGCAUAUAAUGAUAGAUGAUUUAUCUACACAUCUGGGCUCACUUUCCACAUUUCCAAAACCUAGCGCCUUCUAUGGGAUAUUUGAUGGUCAUGGAGGACCUGAAGCAGCUGCUUACGUCCGGAAAAAUGCCAUUAGAUUUUUUUUCAAAGAUGCUAACUUCCCCCAGACUCCUGAAGUUAAUGAUGCUUUCUUAGGAGAGGUUGAGAAUAGUCUGCGCAAAGGAUUCCUGCUUGCAGAUCUUGCUCUGGCUGAUGAGUGUAACGUUAGCAGUUCUUCAGGAACAACUGCACUGGCAGCUGUUGUAUUAGGAAGGCUUUUAAUGGUAGCCAAUGCGGGAGAUUGUAGAGCAGUUCUUUGCCGGAAAGGAGAGGCAUUUGAUAUGUCUCAAGACCACAGACCGAAUUAUGCAUUAGAGAGAAGGCGGGUUGAAGAGUUGGGUGCAUUUAUUGAUGAUGGUUAUCUCAACGGUGUUCUAUCAGUGACGCGGGCAUUAGGGGACUGGGACAUGAAACUGCCUCGUGGAUCUCCAUCUCCUCUAAUUGCAGAGCCUGAAUUGAGACAAAUUCUUCUGACUGAGGAUGACGAAUUCCUCAUAAUUGGUUGUGAUGGGAUCUGGGAUGUUAUGUCAAGUCAACAAGCAGUUAGUCUGGUGCGCCGAGGGCUGAGAAGGCAUGAUGACCCUGAACAGUGUGCAAAGGACCUUGUCAUGGAGGCCCUCCGCUUAAACACAUUUGAUAAUCUAACAGUGAUAAUUGUCUGUUUUACGUCCUUUGAUCAUCCCGAGCCAUCACCAACCCGCAACCGAAGAUUAAGGUGCUGUAACUUAUCUGCGGAAGCCAUAGGCAGCCUACGAAGCUUGCUAAAUGGGAAUGGCAGCAGCUGAGUGUAGACAAAUUUUAAAUAUUGCCCUUAUUAUUUCGCCAUUGGGGAGGGCAAAACUGUUUGCAUGUAGCAAUUUUGUUAGGUGCUUCUACUUGGACUUGGAGGAGUGUAUACAUCUGAAUUGGUUAUGUGUAAUAAUUCAAUUCCUGUAGUAUUUUUGGCUAUGGGGGAAGGGGGUAGGCAGCUGCGUAGCUUAGAUACCCAUUUCUCUUGAGUCUUGAUGUACAGUACAUAAUAAGAUACAUACAAUUAACAUA